CUUUCCAUCUUUGCCGCCUCUCUCUUCUUUUCUUCCCUUUCUCCGUCUCCUCUGCGUUUCUGUUGACGAAGAACUGAACCUGGGUAAUCGAAGAUAGUGAAGAUGAAAAUGAUCCGGCCAAGGAAACAAGAAGAUUUGUUAGGUACCCAAAAGGGAGUUUUAGGGUUGAAUUUUUCACUAGUAACAAAUACACUUUUUAUCAUGAUUUGGAUUUGAAGUAUGUUGGUCUGGAAAGUAUGUUGACUGAUAGGAUUAUGUGGGAGAUGAAGAUAAGUGAAACCAAGAUGCUGAAUUUGUUUUGGUUUACUCCUGAUAACAUACAGAGCUGAUUACCAAUGAUGAAGAGUUAUUUUCAAUGUGGAACAAGGCUGAAUAUCAAGAUGAUGUUUAUGUGCAUCUUUACUUCAUUAUUAGUGACAAGGUAUUGAGGUCUGGUGAUGAAUGCCCAUCAUCUUCAGGGGUUACUAAUGAAGUUAUGUAUUUAACACCUACUAAGAAGGUGACAAGUGACUCUGAGAUGGUGUUUUCUACACCUAAGAAGAAUGUGACACAUGAAGAUGACUUUGUGUUUUCUACACCUAAGAACAAGGCUGUUAGCAAUUCAAAAUUAGUUUCUCCUGCUACUAGGAAAAGUCCAAGGUUGGUUUGUAAGUCAAUUGAUGCUCAAAUAAAUACUGCAUUUGAGAGGUUACUUUUGAAUGAUGAGGAUAUGUGCCAUCCAGAUGAUAAUGUGGAUGUAGAGUAUGAGAACAUUCAACUAGAUAAUGUGGAAGAGGAUCUGUGCCAUCCGGUUGAUGAUGAUAGAAGUCUACCAUGCUUUGAUGAUGUGGAUAAUGAUAUUGACAUAGCUGAUGUCAGAGAUAUUGUUGCACUGCAGGUAACAUAAUUGGUAGUUGUGUUUAUUUCUGCAAACUUUUAGCAUGUAUUUUCCACUGCAGUUCUUCUUACAAGGUUGAUUUUGGAAUGAACAUGCAUUGAACACAUGGUUUAUGUUACCACAAGCAAAGCAACACUUGUUGGCAGGGAGAUGAACAUCCAAAGAUUUAACAACAUCUAUUGCAGCUACAAACCAUUCAAAAUAGUUGCAGAUGGAGCAGUUAAAGAACUUCUCACCAGGAUGAUCAGCAGUUUGAGACAGCAACAUUCUCCUAACACCAUUGCAAGGUUCAUUCUUGCACUUAGAGUUGAUCCAUGGACACUGAAUUGGUGGAUGAUUAUCUAUUUCACACAUUGAAUAUAAACUGUUACAACUGCUGCUGCUGCUGCUAAGUACCUCACCCAUACUACUACUGACAUUAAAUUUGUGCAUAACUCCAUCCAUUAUAGGAAAAAACUUAGAUGAUUUUGCAGAUUUUUAUGUUCUGCAGAUUCAAAAAAAUGGAAGAGAUAGUGGUUUUAUAGUACGUGGAGCAUAUUAUGACCAUUCAACGGUCAUAUUUGGGUGACAGAGCUGACGUGUCAGAUUUGCCAUGUCAUCAUGGAUGAUGUGUACAAGUAGCCACGUGUAAAGGAUUCCACGUCAUCUUGUACAGUUAACUACCUAUAGUUAAAUGUUGAGGACAUGUUUUUCCACAUUUGGGUGUAAAUACGUCUGACAUGGCAAUGAAUUUUUGGAAACAAAAAUCCCGAUGGGAAAACUUAACAGAGGGAUAUAUUUCUAAUUCUGUUUGAAAGAGUGACAUAUUUGUGAUUACAGUUAUAAAGAGGGACGUUUUGUUAAAAAACCCGUGUUAUUCGAUGAUAACGUAUGGAUCGGGUAAUGAAAAGAAGCUCAAUGAAGUAGACAAGCACUCUUCUGUAA